AUUUUACAUAACUUAGAGCUUACUGCUACUUCAGUUCAUAGCUUACUUUGACCAUAUGCUUUAACCCUGGAAAGCUUUUUCUGAUUGUAGAUCUGAGAAACAAUUUCUAACGAUGGCCGAAAAACCUGAUCCAGUUGUUGCUGAUCUCGAGCAAGAGGUGACCUGUGGCAUCUGUCAUGACCGCAUCCAGGAGCCAAAGCUGCUCCCUCGUUGUCACUACUACUGCAAGCAAUGCAUCCUCACACUCUCCAGUCGCUACCCACCCAACCAGCCGUUCCCCUGCCCCGACUGUCGUGAGCCCACUCUAUUGCCAGACAACAACCCAGACAGACUGACCACUGCGUUCUUCAUCAACCGGAUGAAAGCACUCCACUCGAGGAUGGAGAAAGCCCACGGCAAGUUAGAGGCCACCUGUGAAAUGUGCCCUGGGGAAAAGGCCACUGCAUUCUGCCGACAGUGUGUCCAGUUCAUUUGUGAGGAUUGUGUAAGAUCUCAUCAGCGUAUGAAAGUGUUUGCUACACAUAUCGUCUCUACUCUGGAACAGCUCAAACAGGGCGGAGUGAAAGAUCUAACAUUCGAAAGCCCACUACCCCCAAAAUGCGAGGAUCAUGAGGAGCCAAAGAAGAUUUUUUGUUUCGAUUGCAACAAGCUCAUCUGUCGAGACUGUGUUGUAUUCGAUCAUUGUGACCACAAGUCAGAGUUAGUUAAGAAAGCCGCCCCCGAAACUCGCAAAAAGCUGACGGAGCACCUCUCUCCACUCAAGAACCUACUGCCUCAUCUGAGCACCGCUGUGAAUCAAGUGAAAGGAACUAAACAGAAUAUACAGGCCCAGAAAGAACUGACAGAGAGACAAGUGAAUGCCAAGUUCCAGGAGCUACACGAUAUUCUCGAUCGAUGCAAAGUCCGUGUUUUACGAGAAUCUUCUGCUUUAGCUGAUUCAAAGAUGGAGAAGCUGACAGUUCAAGAGAAAGAUCUGGACCUGUCCCUAGGCACUGCUCAGAGUUUGAUUGACUUUGUAGAGCGUACACUGGAGAAUGCAAGUGAUGAAGAACUGAUUACGAUGCAAGAGCAGGUGGUGAGUCGAAUCGAUGCUGAGGUGGUGAAGGAAGCAGCCAAUUCUGAUCCAGUGGAGAAAGAUGAUUUGGAGUUGAGGUUGGAUCCAACGAAGUGCACUGUGGAAGGAGAUGUAGUUAAAAAUGCUGAAAUCGAUAAACCUGCUUGCUUUUCAAUCAAUAUACACCAGCCACGACAAUUUUCAAAAGCUAAAGCAACUUUAAAAUUGCUAGCUGAUCAAUCAUCUCAACAGCUACAAGCAGUGCCUGUGAGGGGUGGAGUGUACAGUGUUGAGUACACCCCUAGGGUACGUGGUCGAUACCACCUCCUGAUCUCAGUGGACGACCAGCCUAUUUCAGGAAGCCCCUUCUCUGUGUUCGUCAAAAUACCCCCCACCAAGCUGGACAAACCUGUGAGGGUGAUAAGAGGAAUCAACAACCCUCGGUAUAUGGCAUUCAACUCAUCAGAAGAACUGAUUGUAACUGACUGGAACGAUGAUAUUUUGAUGUUUGACAAGAAAGGAAAACAAAUUCAAAGCAUCAGCAAAUCAAUACAUUGGUUUGGCAGUAUCUCUCGUGUGGCAGUAGACAAGGAAGACAAGAUCUAUGUCUCUGGCAGCAACAAACACUGCGUGUACAAAAGAGGAUAUCUGCUAAAAUGGUUUGGGACAAGGGAAAGUAUUCUAAAAAAACUCUACUACCCUCAAGGGAUAGCAGUCGCUGGUGAUGAAGUGUUUGUGUGCAAUCGAGGGAAUCACGGAGUCCAAGUGUUGACGACAGAGCUGGGGCCAGUCAAGCAGAUUGAUUUAAUGGAAACUGGUAAUGACCUACCAGAGGAUGUUGCGGUGGACAAUGUACAAAUGGUGUAUGUCACUGACUAUGGUAAUCAUCAUGUUCAAGUGCUCACUAUGGAUGAUCGGUUUAUUCACUCGAUUGGAAAGAAAGGAAAUGGACAAGGAGAUCUUUCUGGCCCUCGUGGUGUGUGUGUCAGUAGUUUUCUUUAUGUUGCUGAGUAUACUAACAAGCGUGUGUCAGUGUUCACUAAAGAUGGUCAGUUUGUCACAUCAUUUGGUAAUGGUCAUAUCACUUCUCUUAUGGAGUAG